CGAGGGGCGGCCAUCUUGGGUCCGUGAGGCUCGGCGGUGCGGGGCUGCGGCGGCGGCGACGGUGACUGCCGGCAGGGCGGAGGCGAGGUGGAAAGCGGCGGGAGAAGGGAAAGCAGCCGGGCGCAGACGUCUCCCCCGCGGCCCCCUCCAAUGGUCGGCGCCCGCAGCUCGCGGCGGCCUGUCUUGCGCUCAACCUUUUCCACAUCCUCCUGCUCCUCCUCUCCCGGCGCUGCCGGCGGCGCUGUUUGGAGGCCCCGGCGCUGAGCUGCGCGGCGCGACGGGCGGGAGCGGCGGAAGAGGCGAGCCGGCCGGGACCCGCGGGACGCCCUGAGGCGCGGGGACGCCGGCCGGCUGCCCACCGCGCCCCGCCGGGCUCCUGGCCGCGGCCGCCGGGGCCGGGGGAGAAUGAGCCCCGGGGCCCGCGGGGGCACGGCCCGGGCCAGGCCGGGGAUCUAGACCGAGGCCGCGGGGCCGGCGACUCGCGGCCGCUGCUCGCCGGCCGCCCGGGGCUGGGCGGUUUUGUUUUCGCCCUCGCGUGGUGCAGAGUCGAAGCGCAGUAAGAUGUCCACUAGGACCCCUUUGCCAACCGUGAAUGAACGAGACACUGAAAACGUUGGUGGGAAUCCAUCCGGACGAUGGAUUGUGGACGGGUCUUUCCGCCUCAUUCUUUAAAAUGGUCUGGAACUAAGUUUAAUGACAGUCGUGGAAACCAGGUGCCCACGAGGGAUCCUUGUGACCCCCUUCGUUGGUCCGCGGCUCUGCUCGUAAGAGUUGUCCCGGGAGAGCGGAGUAGCCUCGCGUCCCGGCCAGUGCGGUGGGGAGGAGUUGGCUCAGCGUUCCGGAGGCAGCACACCUCACAUGGAGAUGGGCGACAAGAAGUCACCUCCCGCACUGGGCGCUCUGGAGCUCGGUGUAGAAACUCCAUAGCUUCCUGUGCUGAUGAGCAGCCUCACAUCGGAAACUACAGACUGUUGAAAACGAUCGGCAAGGGGAACUUUGCAAAAGUGAAAUUGGCACGACACAUCCUUACAGGCAGAGAGGUUGCAAUAAAAAUAAUUGACAAAACUCAGUUGAAUCCAACAAGUCUACAAAAGCUCUUCAGAGAAGUAAGAAUAAUGAAGAUUUUAAAUCAUCCAAACAUAGUGAAGUUGUUCGAAGUCAUUGAAACUGAAAAAACACUCUACUUAAUCAUGGAGUAUGCAAGUGGAGGUGAAGUAUUUGACUAUUUGGUUGCACAUGGAAGAAUGAAGGAAAAAGAAGCAAGAGCUAAAUUUAGACAGAUCGUGUCUGCAGUACAGUAUUGCCAUCAAAAGCGGAUCGUUCACAGAGACCUCAAGGCUGAAAAUCUGUUGUUAGAUGCGGAUAUGAACAUUAAAAUAGCAGAUUUUGGUUUUAGCAAUGAGUUUACUUUUGGCAGUAAACUAGACACAUUUUGUGGUAGUCCUCCAUAUGCAGCCCCAGAGCUCUUCCAGGGCAAGAAGUACGAUGGGCCGGAAGUCGACGUGUGGAGUCUUGGCGUUAUUCUGUAUACCCUAGUCAGCGGGUCACUCCCGUUUGAUGGGCAAAAUCUGAAGGAACUUAGAGAAAGGGUGUUACGAGGGAAAUACAGAAUCCCUUUCUACAUGUCCACAGACUGUGAAAACCUUCUCAAACGCUUCCUGGUGCUAAACCCAAUUAAACGAGGCACUCUAGAGCAAAUCAUGAAGGACAGAUGGAUCAACGCAGGGCAUGAGGAAGAUGAACUUAAACCCUUUGUUGAACCAGAACUAGACAUCUCAGACCAAAAGAGAAUAGAUAUUAUGGUAGGAAUGGGAUAUUCACAAGAAGAAAUUCAAGAAUCUCUCAGCAAAAUGAAAUAUGAUGAAAUCACAGCUACAUACUUGUUGUUGGGAAGAAAAUCUUCAGAGCUGGACGCUAGCGACUCCAGUUCUAGCAGCAACCUUUCACUUGCUAAGGUGCGGCCAAGCAGUGACCUCAGCAACAGCACUAGCCAGUCUCCUCACCACAAAGUGCAGAGAAGCGUUUCUUCAAGCCAGAAGCAGAGACGGUACAGUGACCAUGCUGGACCAGCUAUUCCUUCAGUUGUGGCAUACCCGAAGAGGAGUCAGACCAGCACUGCAGAUAGUGACCUCAAAGAAGACGGAAUUUCCUCCCGGAAAUCAGGUGGCAGUGCUGUGGGAGGAAAGGGAAUUGCUCCAGCCAGUCCCAUGCUUGGGAAUGCAAGUAAUCCCAACAAGGCAGAUAUUCCUGAACGCAAGAAAAGCCCUGCUGUCCCCAGCAGUAGCACAGCAUCUGGAGGGAUGACACGGCGGAAUACUUACGUUUGCAGUGAGAGAACCACAGCGGACAGACAUUCAGUGAUCCAGAAUGGCAAGGAGAACAGCGCCAUUCCCGAUCAGAGAACUCCAGUUGCCUCAACCCACAGCAUUAGCAGUGCCACCACCCCAGACCGAAUCCGCUUCCCAAGAGGCACUGCCAUUCGCAGCACUUUCCACGGCCAGCCCCGGGAACGGCGAACUGCAACAUACAACGGCCCUCCUGCCUCGCCCAGCCUGUCCCACGAAGCCACGCCACUGUCUCAGACUCGAAGCAGAGGCUCCACUAAUCUUUUUAGUAAAUUAACUUCAAAACUCACAAGAAGAAACAUGUCAUUCAGGUUUAUCAAAAGGCUUCCAACUGAGUAUGAGAGGAACGGGAGAUAUGAGGGCUCAAGUCGCAACGUCCAUGCGGAGCCAAAGGAUGAGAACAAAGAAGCAAAACCUCGCUCCCUCCGCUUCACCUGGAGCAUGAAAACCACUAGCUCCAUGGAUCCCAGCGACAUGAUGCGGGAAAUCCGCAAAGUGCUGGAUGCCAAUAACUGUGACUACGAGCAGAGGGAGCGCUUCCUGCUCUUCUGUGUCCAGGGCGACGGGCACGCGGAGAACAUGGUGCAGUGGGAGAUGGAGGUGUGUAAGCUGCCGAGACUCUCUCUGAACGGGGUCCGGUUCAAGCGGAUAUCAGGGACAUCCAUAGCUUUCAAAAAUAUUGCUUCCAAAAUUGCCAAUGAGCUAAAGCUGUAACCCAGUCAUUAUGGUGUAAAUUAAGUAGCAAUUUCAAGUGUUUUCCUGAACACUGAUGGAAAUGUAUAGAGUAAUAUUUAGGCAAUAACGUCUGCAUCUAAAUCAUGACAUUAAAGUCUGAGGACAAGCGCACGCCUGGGAGCGGAAGCUGGCCUUUUCUACGAAUGCACUACAUUAAAGUCGUGUGACCCUG